AUGGCGUGCACCCCUGGACCAGACUCACUGGAGGACAGCAGCGGGGACGAGAGGCCCAAGUGGGACAACAAGCUCCAAUAUCUUCUGAGCUGUGUGGGGUUUGCUGUGGGCUUGGGCAACAUCUGGAGGUUCCCGUACCUGUGCCAGAGCCACGGUGGAGGGGCCUUCCUCAUUCCUUACUUCAUCGCCCUGGCCUUUGGGGGAAUCCCACUCUUCCACCUGGAGCUCGCCAUCGGCCAGCGCCUGCGCAGAGGCAGCGUCGGGGUGUGGCUGGCCAUCUCCCCCUACCUGGGUGGAGUCGGCCUGGGCUGCCUCACCAUAUCCUCCCUGAUCGGCCUCUACUACAACACUGUCGUAUCCUGGGUGCUGUGGUACUUCCUCAACUCCUUCCAACAACCGCUGCCCUGGGGCACCUGCCCGCUGGACGUCAACUGGACAGGGUUUGUGGAGGAGUGCCAGGGCAGCAGCACUGUGAGCUACUUCUGGUACCGGCAGACCCUGAACAUCACGGCCGAUAUCAACUACAGCGGUUCCAUCCAGUGGUGGCUGCUGGUCUGCCUGGCUGCCUGCUGGGCAGUCAUAUACCUGUGUGUCAUCAGAGGCAUCGAGUCCACAGGGAAGGCAAUUUAUUUCACAGUCUUGUUCCCCUACCUGGUCCUGACGAUCUUCCUUAUUAGAGGACUCACCCUGCCCGGGGCAACCGAAGGGUUAACCUACCUGUUCACUCCCAACUUGCAGACUCUCCAGAGCCCCCGGGUGUGGCUGGAUGCAGCCACCCAGAUAUUCUUCUCUCUGUCUUUGGCCUCUGGAGGACACAUUGCGUUCGCAAGUUACAACCCAUCCAGGAACGACUGCGAGAAGGACGCAGUGAUCAUCGCCCUGGUCAACAGCAUGACCUCCCUCUAUGCCUCCAUUGCCGUCUUCUCGGUCCUGGGGUUCAAGGCGGCCAAUGAUUACGGGCGCUGCUUGGACAGGAACAUCCUCAGCCUCACCAAUGAGUUUGAUUUCCCUGACCAGAGCAUCUCCAGGGACGACUACACUGCUGUCCUCACGCACCUGAAUGCCACCCAGGCCGAUAGGGUGGCUGGGCUGCACCUGGACUCCUGCUGUCUGCACGACUUCCUGGAUAAGAGUGCCUCAGGCACGGGCCUGGCCUUCAUCGUCUUCACGGAGGCCAUCCUGCACAUGCCAGCAGCACCUGUGUGGGCUGUGCUCUUCUUUGUGAUGCUGUUCACCUUGGGGCUGUCAUCCAUGUUUGGGCACAUGGAGGCUAUCAUCACACCACUCUUGGAUAUGGAGGUCCUGCCAAGAUGGGUCCCCAAGGAGGCCCUGACUGGGGCGGUCUGCCUGGGCUGCUUCCUCAUGUCAACCUGCUUCGCGCUGCAGUCUGGAAACUACUGGCUUGAGAUUUUCGACAGCUACGCUGCUUCCCUGAACCUAAUCAUGUUCGCCUUCCUGGAGGUGGUCGGUGUCAUCUAUGUUUAUGGGAUGGAAAAGUUCUGUGACGACAUAGCGUGGAUGACUGGGAGGCGACCUGGCCUCUACUGGCGGGUGUCCUGGAAGGUUGUCAGCCCCCUGCUGCUGCUGAGCAUCUUCAUGGCUUACAUAACCUUCUUGACCUGGACAACGAUGAGCUAUAGGGCCUGGAACCCCCAAUACGAGCAGUUCCCCUUGCGGCAGGAGAAGUCCUACCCUGGCUGGGUGCAGGUCAUUUGUGUGUUUCUGUCUUUCUUGCCCACACUGUGGGUCCCGGGGGUUGCACUGGCCCAGUGGUUCGCCCGGCGCAGACAGAAGCAGGAGAGAGUGCAGCAGGACACACGCCUGAAGCUGCAGAACAGUGCAGUCUGCUGA